AUGAUUCGGUACCGUCUCUUCGGCCUUCCGGCCCUUUUUCCUCCUCCCAUGUCACCUAUAGAAAGGCGCCGCCACCUUCGCGACUCCGAGGGCGCGGAAGGAGAAAUGAGCCUUGAGCACUAUCUGCAGUGCGUGGAAGUUUACAGAUCGACUAGUAUCACCAAUCGGUUUCCUUCACCAGUGAAACUCGAGCAUCUCCCUUUCCUUGAGAGUGUGCUCAGGCCACUCUACCCUGAAGUCAGUUCGAUACUGCACCUACACCAUCUACCGGGCAUGAAGAUGUAUCGGUGCUGGAGAAUGACGAAGCCGGAAUAUCCCCGUGGAGACAUCCCCGUCGACAUUUUUGGUGUCUUCCUUGAUGGUUCGAGUCUCAACACCUCCCCUCUCGGCCCCAUCAAAGACCAAAUCUUGAAUCUCUUCCGCCGACACAACCUCAAUGUGCAUGUCGAAAUUGCGAACCCCAAGUUCUGCCACCGACCAUCAUUUUUCUAUAUCGCUUCAGACCACCCUCUCGUCAAAGCAUACGACCGGGUCAAGGACAGGAUUGUCGCCAUUAUUACUCAAUCAACUGGCUCGGACUUCAACAUGAUAUGCCCAUUCAAUGUUGGUCCCACUGCGGCAAAGGCGCAACCGACAAUUGUGGUACUUAUAGAGCCAUGGACAAUUGCGAAUUGGUAUGAGCUGCGACUUCAAAUCAUGUCUGAAGUCCUACCACACAUGCAAGCGGACAACUUUGACGUCGAAUUCUUGCCUGGUGGCUUCUCAGUCCUCAACGGUGGCAUUCCUCUCACGCAGAAAGUUAAGGAAGAGGUUCCCCGAAUGGGAUCCUCGAUCGGAAUCCAAGGAGGCAGAAGUGCCGGCACACUUGGCGGGUUUGUUACAUUAACCCAACGGGAUGUCAUUCACGGGGAUGUCGUUCGGAGAGGAUUUUUGACCGAUUAUCAUGUGGUCAGACCGUCUGAGCGCCCAGCUGACAACAGCCACUUCCUCGAAAGACUCGACCGUUUCGGCUCAUCUCCCGAACGGUUGGUCAGAAGAAUCACAAUGGAAUCCCCAGCGCGCAUUGACACAGAUGCAACCGCUACCAAUAUUUCAAAAUAUUUGGCGGCAAUGCGCGAUUUCAGAAAUGGGUUCAGUGCAAGAGAGCAGGAAUGA